CUGUCGCUGUGCCAGGCGCUGGGCGUCUUCGCCCCCAAGAGCCUGCGGCCCGGGCAGGUGCUGCCGCUGGCCCUCAGCUUCUGCGGCUUCGUGGUCUUCACCAACCUGUCCCUGCAGAACAACACCAUCGGCACCUACCAGCUGGCCAAGGCCAUGACCACCCCGGCCAUCGUGGCCAUCCAGACCCUGGCCUAUGGCAAGACCUUCCCCCUGCGCAUCAAGCUUACCCUGAUUCCCAUAACUUUAGGUGUGUUCUUAAACUCCUAUUACGAUGUCAAGUUUAACUUCCUUGGAAUCGUGUUUGCUACUCUGGGUGUUCUGGUUACAUCUCUGUACCAAGUGUGGGUGGGAGCCAAGCAGCAUGAGCUGCAGGUGAACUCUAUGCAGUUGUUGUACUAUCAGGCACCAAUGUCCUGUGUCAUGUUGUUCUGCACCGUACCUUUCUUUGAGCCAGUAUUUGGAGAAGGGGGGAUAUUUGGACCAUGGACACUUUCUGCUGUGGUUAGACCAAAACCUUUGUUGCUGAAGUUGUUGAAGUUUGCUGGGGCAGAAAAGGAUAUUUUUACUAUGAAGGAGGUAAUGUUCUAUCUUGGCCAAUAUAUUAUGACCAAACAAUUGUAUGAUGAAAGAGAGCAGCAUAUUGUCCACUGUGAAAAUGAUCAUCUUGGGGAUCUCUUUGGAGUACCAAGCUUUUCAGUAAAAGAGCACAGGAAAGUAUAUUCAAUGAUUUCCAGAAACUUGGUAGCAGUUGGUCCACAAGAAUCUACAGCUUCUAACACAUCAGAGAAUGAUGCCAGCUCUACUCUUGAAAAAGGAAAUGUUCUAAAGGAAGGCAUUCAGGACUUAGAAGAGAAACAGACCUCCCCACAUUCGAGUGUUAGACCCACUACCUCUUCUAGAAGAACCCGCAGUGAAUCUGAAGAUGAUUCGUCGGAUGAAUGGCCUAGUGAAAGAAGAAAACGGCACAAGUCAGACAGCAUUUCACUGACUUUUGAUGAAAGCCUGUCAUGGUGUGUAGUAAGUGGGCUAUGCAGAGAAAGAAGCAACAGCAGCGAUUCUACAGACUCUCCUUCAAUUCCUGAUCAAGAAACUGCUGGAUCUGACUAUCCAUGUGUUAUGAGAUUGAUAGAAGCAAAAUCACGAAUAGAUCUUGAUGCUCGUUCAGUAAGUGAAAACUCUGAUUGGCUUGAUCAUAGUUCUGUCUCAGACCAAUUCAGUGUUGAGUUUGAAGUAGAGUCUAUUUAUUCAGAAGAUUAUAGCCACAAUGAAGAAGGUCAGGAACUCACAGAUGAAGAUGAUGAGGUGUAUCAAGUAACAAUAUAUCAGACUGAAGAGAGUGAUGCCGAUUCAUUUGAUGAAGAUCCUGAAAUUUCACUAGCUGAUUAUUGGAAGUGCCCUAAGUGUAGUGAAAUGAACCCUCCUCUCCCGCGGCAUUGCCACAGAUGCUGGGCUCUUCGUGAGGACUGGCUUCCUGAUGAAAAGAACUACAUAUCGGAAAAGAGCGAAUUAAAAAGUUCCACUCAGCUUGAACCUGAAGAAGGUUUUGAUGUUCCAGACUGUAAGAAGGUGAAGAUGGAUGAAGGUAAAGAGCCAGAUGUUGAAGAAAGUGAUGACACUGCAGUACAAGCCUCUGAAUCUCAGGAAAGUGAGUACUCUCAGCCAUCUACAUCUAGCAAUAUCUUUUGUAGCAGUCAAGAAGACAAAGAGUCACAAGAGAGAGAGGAGAAUACAGAAUCCAGUCUACCUAUUACCAGCAUAGAGCCCUGUGUUAUAUGUCAAAGUAGACCAAAAAAUGGCUGCAUAGUACAUGGCAAGACGGGGCAUCUCAUGUCAUGUUUUACAUGUGCACGGAAACUAAAAAAGCGGAAUAAGCCCUGUCCUGUCUGCAGGCAGCCAAUUGAGAUGAUUGUGUUAACUUAUUUUGGUUAGGAGGAUGUUGAACAGAACAAGUGCAGUAAAGCAAAAAUGUUGCAAGAUUUCAUGGACCAAAACCAUUACUUUAAUAAAGCCACAAACUAUUUUUGUA